UUUGACUUUAUACACACAUUUGAUCCCCUUCUGAUGUCCUGUGAAGUAUUUACAUGCAUGGCAGUUGUCCGCAGACGGAAGUGAAGAAGCACGAUCUAUCGAUCGAUGUUUUCUUUCUUGUUGUCUCUCACAGUUUGCGAGUACAGUGGCACGUGACUCUACAUUACUUGCAUCACUUUCUCAAAGCGAUUUAUUGUCGACAUCAUGGGACACAUGUUCAGUCUUUUGAUGUCUAUAAGACCAUCAAGCAGCGGAUCACUGGACAAUGAAGUGCACCGACUACCUGCACACAAAAUUCUCAAUGUUCAGCUGGAUAAAGACGUCCAGCUAAACAAGUCGUCUCUUGAUUGGAGGCCCAGCGUCAACAAAGAGGUGACAAGCAGUCAAGUUUCAAAGGACAAGAAAACUGAGGAACUUGUGUGGAGCUUCAGGAGCAUCCUCAACAAGUUGACCCUCGAGAAAUUUUACCAGCUGAUGGUGAAGGUGAAUAAGCUGCGGAUCAACACGAUGGUGCGUAUCAGGCAUGUCGCCGAGCUGGUGCGUGAGAAUGCCAUCUCUGGGACCAGCUUCUCUGUCAUGUACAGGAGUAUGUGCAGAAAUAUGGCAAACUUGAAAGACCCCUCCAAACCAAGGUCGUCCUUCAAGUCAAUUCUGCUCCGAUUCUACUGGCUGCACCAGCUGGCGAACAGGAAAUACUUAGACAAGAGCUUGCAGAGACCAAGGUGAAAGCUAGAAGACGCUCCAUUGGAAACGUCAACUUCAUCGGGGAGCUCUUCAAACAGAAGGUGUUGAAGGAGACCAUCAUCUUGAGUCCAUCUGCAAGCUGCUCACCACCGUGGGCAAAGAACUGGACGUCGGGGAAGGAAAGGUAAAGGUUUAUGUGUUUGGUUGUGUGUCCGCAAAACAACAUAAUGAUGUAUUUAUUGAUGCUUGUGGAUGUUUUUGACUCUUGGGUUUCUUUUUAGAUCAAAAUGGACGAGUACAUUCACCAGAUGGAAACGUUGGUGAAGGAGCGCAAAACAUCUACGCGGAUCCGUUUCAUGAUGCAGGAAGUCAUAGACCUCAGACUUGUGAGUUGUGUAAGAUUCUCACUUUACUAAUAUUGAAAAAUAUAUUUUAAUCACAGGAAUAUUUUUUUUAGAAUUUAUGGGUACCACGAAGGGCAAAUCUGGGUCCCGAGACCAUCACCCAGAUCCAUGAGGAGGCCAAGAGGGAAGAGGAGAUAGAACAGCAGAAAGUCAGCCUUCCACUGUUCAGGGAGUUGAAGAAAGAAGAUGAAAGCCCCAUCUCAUUAAGACCACAGAGUCCAUGGUUCUUCUCCCGGGCACCAAUAAAGUGGGAAAAACAACCAGAGCUGCCCCGGAUCUCAUCUCAAGCCCUAUCUGAGGAUUCUUGUUUGAGCGAAGCGAUACCAGAGCUUCCCCUGUCCCAGAUCCCACCCUCAGCCUCAUCCCAAUCUGAAGAGUCUCCAAAGUAGUGUUGUCAAAAAUAUCGAUAUUUCGAUAAAUAUCGAUACUGAAAUAUCUGAACGAUACCAAUACUAAUUUCCCGAAGUAUCGAUACACCGAUCCUAUCCGAGCUGCCACUUUCACAUAUCUCCAAAGGCCAGUUAACAAACACCACACGUGACCGCAGUGCCUGUCACGUGUCUCGUCUCAUUCGCUCUGGUUAAAAAGUGAAGUGAAUAUAAAUAUGGCGUGUGCGGCGCCUCCGCAACCGGCUUUGGUUGAUAAAGAACACCGCAGAAGUGCUAUCUGGAAAUAUUUUGGAUAUGUAGCAAAUGAACAUGGAAUGCCGAAGGACACAAACCAGCCACUAUGCAAGAGUUGCUACAGAGCAGUGCUAACAAAAGGCGCUAACAGCUCUAAUAUAGCAAUAUGAGUGUGGUCUCGUUUUUUCACCGUAGUUCGUAAAGUUAAUAUAAUCCGACUGAGGAAUCUUUAACUGUGAAUCUUUAAAUACUUUAACUGUGGUCAAAUGUAAAUUAACUUGUGCUUAAUUAACUUCAAUUCUGUAAUUUGUCUUCAUGUCGAUCUGGUGAGCAUUGUUUUCGCGUGUGAUGCACGCACGUUUGCGUGUGUUGAUCGGUGAUAUGUGAAUCCGGCAUUAAAAUAUGUUCAUCAAAUAAUGUUAUGUAUUAACCAGCAUUUAUGAACGACGAGCAAUGCAUUUGCUACAGUAUAUUUUAAUCUUUGAUGACAGUAUGUAAUAAAAUACAACGGAUAAUUUUUGCUCUGGUCCAAUGAAAAAAAAUAUUAACAGAUAGAACUUUGGAUUUUAAUUAGUACAUGUAUUAGUAAAUGUUAGUUUAAAUGAACUUUUAACUAAGAUUAAUACAUGUUUUGGAAGUAUUUUUAAUUGUUUACUCAUGUAACUAAUAUCUAUUACCAUUAACUUAAGUUCUCAGAUUAGUUACAUAGUUCAGUUCAUUUUAAAAGUGUGGUCAAAAAAAAGAUUGUUUGGCAUU